GUGUUUACGGAAAUGCACUGGAGAAAGUGAACUGGCUGCAUUCUGUCCGAUGUUCCUUUAGGUUUUUGAGUUGUUUUCGUAUUUUUUUCCACUAUUUGUCACCUUCCUGUUGUAGACAGGUAACGUUCUCAUCAUGUGGGACCAUGAAAUCAGAGCCAUGGCGUCCACUCACGCUGUCAUCGCCGCCUCUGUGUUCAUGGCCACGGUCAUCCCAGUCAUGUUCGUCCCUGGCUUCUCGGUGUACGGAACCCACCUGCUGUGGAUCUACUCGGUGUCCGGGUCCGUGUCUGCGGUCAGUGUCGCCGUCUUCUGGCUACUCGGUAUCUCACCGCCAACCAAGAAGCACACGCUGGGAUACAAGCUGUCAAGGCUGUUUCGUUCAUGUCUGUACUUCUUCCUGUCAUGCCUGUUCUUCCACACAGUGGUUGUUCUGUAUGGAGCACCGCUGAUUGAAUCAGCUUUAGAGACCUUUUCUCUCGCUGUUUUCCUGACCUCCCUCACCACUCUGAGGUGUCUCUGUGUUCUCGGYCCCAACGUCCAGGCCUGGAUACGAGUAUUCAGUCGACACGGGGCCAUGUCUGUGUGGGACACCUGCCUGCAGAUCACGGUGGCCUGCACGCUGGUAGGAGCCUGGACAGGAGCGUUCCCGAUCCCUCUGGACUGGGACCGGCCGUGGCAGGUCUGGCCCGUUUCCUGCAGUCUCGGCGCUAUGAUUGGUUACCUGACCGGGCUUGUUGCUGCUCCCGUGUGGAUCCACUAUCAUCGCAAACAGCUCACAUACAAGUGCAAGUGACGAACAGACGUGUUGUUGUCUGUCUGUCCUAGUCUGAAUGUGUGCUUUAGGUCCGUAUGGACUUCAGGGGAAUUAUUUAUUGGGGAGAGGUUGUGCUGUUUGCAAUUUAUAAAAGGAUUUUUUUGUAACAACACAAGACUUCAUUUUGUACAUGAGCAGGCUGAACCUUGUCAUUUUUUGACAUGAAUAAAACACUGCAAAAUGACAGUUAA